AUGGCGACGUCAGCGAGCACGUCCGGCGAGUGGCUGAAGGGCGCCCUGCAGGGACUUCGGGAACGUAAGGGCAGCUCGCUGGAGUUCGACUCGGAUCUCAUCUCGGGCCUCGUGUCCUUCUGCGAGCUCGCGCCUCCCUCCGACGCCACCAACUAUCUCGAGAAUUUUAUUGGAAAAGAAGCUGCUCAGGACAUCAUUCAAGAGUACUUGAGGAGGAGGGGUCACAUUGGUUCCUCAAAUGGAACUGAGAGCUUUCAAUCAUCUAACCUUCAGCCUUAUGUUAAGCCAUCGGCUGAUGCAGCAACUACACAGACAAAGAAACAAACACGCACGCAAAAAGAUUCAGCAUCUUCUUCUAGUCAGAGUUCCAAGAGUCAAUCAGAAACUGCAGAAUCACAACUUCCUUCCAAGAGAGGUUCAAAAAAGAAAGGAGCAAAGGCUAUUUCCCUCGCUGAGGCAGCAAAAGGUUCUAUUGUCUUCAAGCAGGGGAAACCUUGUUCAUGCCAAGCACGACAACAUAACCUUGUCAGCAACUGCUUAUCAUGUGGCAAGAUUGUGUGCGAACAAGAGGGCGAGGGACCCUGUAGUUUCUGUGGUGCACUUGUCUUGAAGGAAGGUAGCACUUAUGCUGGUUUAAGUGAUGCCGGGCUACCUCUUUCAGAAGCAGAAGCUGCAGCUGAAGCUUAUGCAAAGAGGCUUGUUGACUAUGAUAGAAAUGCUGCAGCAAGGACUAAAGUUUAUGAUGACCAAAGUGACUAUUAUGAAAUGGAAGGAAACAGUUGGCUGUCUUCAAAGGAGAGGUCAGUCCUAAAGCAGCAGCAAGAGGAAGCUGAGGAAGCAGCUAAAAGCCAAAAGGAGAAAGUGAUUGUUACAUUUGAUUUGGUGGGCCGUAAGGUGAUUUUGAACAAGGAUGGAACUACUGAGCUGGAAACAGAGCACCCGAUCAUGCGACCGUCUGAAGAGAAGGAUCAGAGCCACCGCAUACAGCCCAACCCCACAAUCAGAGAGCAACCGGUGUUUGUCGAAACAGGUCCAGUUAAGCCAAAAACCGACCGAGCAAAACAGAGCAAGAGACGUGCCAAGAAUGGUCUGUGCCUGGAGGUAACCGGACGGCUGCAGCAUGAUGACAAGGACAUGGAGAGCAUUCUGAGUGGCAAGGUGAAGAAGGGUGAUCACCUGGCUUACAGUUCCUUCGGUCAGGCACGUGAAGGGGAUGAUGUUGAAUGCUCCCCGGAUUUUGACUGA